UCGACACAAACACGACAAACCACAAUGUACUGCCGCAGUAGUGUAUGUUGGCUGAGGAAGUGGAGGGUUUGUUAGUCAAUUACACGGUGUUUCUAAAAGAUAGUCACCGACCAGUCCUGCCUUGCCACCGCACUGAAUAAAUACGCUUAAAAGCGUUUUAUACUUGAUUAAACUAAGUGACUGGAAGCUCAUAUCAGGACUGAAGAAUGAGAUUCAGUGCUGCAGCUGUGUUACUGUGCGCUGGAUAUUUUCUCCUGUCAGCAGCCGUCAGCGCUCAUCCUCGGGGGGAAUGGACCAAACUGAUCUUGACUCAACACUGGCCAAAGACAUUCUGUGGCAUGCAUCACUGCCAAACAAAUAUCAGCUUUUGGACUCUGCAUGGCUUAUGGCCCAACGCUGGAAGCAUGUGCAACUCAUCCUGGCAUUUUAAUGCCAGUUUGAUCGAGGACAUACUGCCAGAAAUGCAGAAAUAUUGGCCAGAUCUCCUGGCUCCUUUUUCCCCAGAAUUUUGGCAGUAUGAAUGGAAGAAACAUGGAACAUGUGCAGCUAAAGCAGAGUCACUGAAUAGUCAGCAUAAAUACUUCAGCAAAGCUCUUGAGCUUUACCACAAGUUUAACCUCACCAGUGUUUUAAUGAACAAGCAAAUCGUGCCAUCUGAAGAGCACUACAAACUUGAUGAUAUAGAAACUGCCCUUACUAGUUUCUAUGGAGUAAAGCUGAAGAUUCAGUGUGUCCACCCAGGAAAGGGAGGCCAGUUUCAGACGUUGGGUCAAAUCGAGAUCUGUGUGGACAAAGAUUUCCAGUUGAUGGAUUGUGAAAGGUCAGGUGAAGAAAUACUGAGCAAUGAGAUCCUUCCACUGGGUGUUGAAAGCCAUCCAGACCUCAGUGUGUGUGAUCACUCCAUGCCAAUCUAUUAUCCUCCAGUAGUGAGCAGAUCACAGAGGUGGUAAACUUGAGCCCUCUUGUGUCAUUGAGCUGUAGUGCAAUCUGAUAUCACUGAGCAAGAGAUGAUGACAGAUCAUCCUCAAUUCAUGUGACCAGUUGAGCUCUUAAAACACUGUGUACACACACCUAAAAGGAAAUGUUUUAAUUGCACGUGUUUUUAAAAAAACACAUUUUGGGGCAUUUUUUAAUAUUUUUUAAAGUAAUUUUGCAUUACAUUCUCUUAUUUGAAUGAUUAUACAGUAUGCUGGGAAAAUAUGCCAAAGAUCUAAGGGUACAUUUCUUUAUUUUUGUUAUAGGGUUCUUUAAUGUUCUUUUUGUUAUAUUUGUAUUUGUAUCUUAAUAAGGCAAACCAUUAUCACAUAAUGCAAAGCUAUCAAGGUUACAUUUCCCAAAACCCAAAAGGAACCCAAAGGAAAGGAAUUAUAGAAAAUACCAAUGUCAUGCUGUUCCUUAAAUCUUCAAAAAGUAUAGUGGUCCUAAAAUAGGCCUUUUUUCAUUAAGACACAAUUUUUAUUUGCUUUGGGUUGAGAUCUGUUCCAGACAUGGUGAGUUUCCACCAUUUAAUACUAAUCCUUAAUGAUCUAAAUAUUUGUUGAAAUGUGCACCAGCAAUAUUUUAUCUGAAAAAUUUAUAACACGCUUUGCUUUACAAGAGAUCAUUCAUCCUAAAUUUGUUAUGUUACUGUGGAUCUUUGUGAUGUGGUUUUUAUCUUUGUGCCUUCAGUCAUUUUAGAAGAUGCACAUUCAAGUCUCUGUCACUGGAGGGCAGCACUCUUAAAUCAUAAAGCUGCAAGGAUUUAUAGGCCCGGUUUCACAGACAAGGCUUAAGGCUAGUCCUAGACUAAAUUGAAUGUGUGACCUGUCUUUGCCCAGAAAUAUCUUAAAAUAUAUCAGUGCCAUUGUUUUGUCUCAAGAUGCACACCAGUAAUGUAUUCUUCUAAGGCAUUUUUAUAAAAGCGACAAAAAUCUUAAUUCAACUAAGGCAUAGUCCUGGCUUAAACUAAACCGUGUCUGUGAAACCGGGCCAUAAUGUUUACAUAUAAGCUUUAUAAAUGGGAGACACCAAUUACCUUUAAUGAAACUGGACAACAUUUGCACAAGAUGUUCACUUAAACACGUUCUGUCUUUAACUCGUGUUAAAAAAUGACUUUUUUAAUCUCCCUGGAUGGGGCCAUGUAUAUCAGGUUUGGGGAUUUCAUACACUGCUUUGAAAUAUUGUUUUUAUAAUUUUCCGUUCUUUGAUGUAAUGCUACAGUAAUAAGACUUGUGUACUGUAUAUACUGCUGGUGAAAGCCUUUUACUGAAAUCAAAAGCCUUAAAUAUUUUUUAAAGUGUCAGUAAUUGAAACUUUUCUUCAAUUCAUGUUGUAUUUAAUGCAGUACCAAUUAAAUAAACAGAGAGAUAAUCAUAAAAUGCUGAAA